AUAAUGUCACCGCGGCACUUCUGAUAUGGUAGAACCGUACAUAUCACAUAUCACUGAUAAACCUAAGUGCUUCCUUGAAUUGCCAAACUCUACCAUUCUUCAACGAACUUUUAAAGAGAUCAUUUUCUCAAAUUUACUGAUCAAGCGCCGUCGUCAAUACAUUUGCUGACGUGAUUUACGGUCUUUGACGACAGAGACAAUAAAUCAAAAAACCUCAUUGGCGUUAUCGUUACUCUUGUCUUGAACUGAUCUGCCCUUCGUCAGUAAAGACUAUCGGGACACUGACUUCUCAGGACGUGUUCAACCGGCCCAGAAAUGGAGAGAAAAAACUCCCUUGGGGACAAGCAACCCCAGCUGGACGGCGUGGGCAUGAUGGAGAAUGGUAAAUUCUACAAAGUGUCGAUGAGCCCUAGUGCUAGAAAAGAAGAUGACACCCGUCGUACUUUAGAACCUGUUGUCGAAAUCGAUGACACAGAAAUGUUCAAGAAGCCCAAUCGACUGAAACGAUGUCGUAACAAACUGAACACUGGUCUCCAUACCCACGUGGCCCUUAUAGUUCUCGUCGUCUUGGUAACUCUAGACGCCUCGUGUGUGAUUGGUCAGAUUCUUUGUGACAUCUUAAUUAUUCAAGACAAACUGUGGGAGUCGGAGCACUCUGCAGAAGAACUCGUGGAUAUAUUACAGGACUAUUUUCCGGAAAAACUAAACAAUACGAAAAAACACUAUACGCUGACUCAAAUCUUAGAAAUUCUGAAAGAGUCUAUGAACCACACGUCGUCGGUCAACCAUGAUGGCCAUUCGCACGGUGUCAAGGUCAAUGCUAGCCCCUCAAAAAGCCCCACGGUGGCCAGCCCCAGGCCUGUUGCUGCUGGAACCCCUGCCUCCCCGACCACUGCGGGGCUACCAGACCCCACCCAAGCCCCACCUACACCAGCUAGAGUACGAAGAGCAUUCGACGAGGCGAUGGAACAGCUUUUGUAUUCAUCAGUUGAUUCGCAUGCGCACAGACGAGUGCGGCGAGCGGCGGAAGGCGGUCACGGCGAGCACUCACUUCUAGAAGAGCUCACUCACAUUUUCCAUCUGGCCAGUCUGGCCAUUUUGUCAUUCCUUGUUUUUGUGACUGUCUUGAAAAUUUUUGCCAUGGGCAAAAAGUUCCUGCAUCAUAAACUCGAGAUGUUUGACAGUUUUGUCGUCACAGUAUCCUGGGCUCUUGAUCUUGCCUUCCUUCAAGGUAUCUGGGCCAAACCAGGACCCGACGCCGCCACCAUCCUUUUGUUCCUCUUACCCUGGAGAGUGGUCAGGAUUGUCAACAGUUUCGUGAUGGUUAUUGAAGAAAGAGAACACGUGAAACUCAAACUCCUUAAGCUGAAACUACGUACCGGCGACAAGAAGAUUACAGGCUUGAAGCUUACAAUCGAGAGAUACAGGAUGGAGGGAAGGAACCUUCAGGGACUUUGCCGAAAACAUGGCGCUUCUGAAGCGGAAAUCAACGCAUGCGCUCCACAGUGGAAGAGAAGACGGAGCAGUUUGGUUUCACUUAUGGAGAACUGUGCUAAGCUAGCUUUCGUCGGCGCCAUUGGCAGCCAGCCCUCGGACAUACAUAAGAAGGACGAGGUUUCGGAUAAUUCCGACGACGAGGACAAUGUGAACACGCACGCUCCUCGCAGAAUUACUUCCACGGAUAGCGGCGUGUCCAGCGUCUCCAUUAACAGUGCCUGUGAUUUUUCGAACGGCAAAGACAAUCCCGUAUUUAUGUUAGACAAUGGUUCCUCCGGCGGAAUUUCCCGAAGAGGUUCCGUCAAUUCUUUCGGACGCCGGAGCUCACUGGCGUCGUUUGGAAGACGGGAUUCUACAGCGUCGUGGACGGACUACUCAUAUCCCUAAAUGCCCACGGUAAAAUCUAACAAGAAAAGUGAUAUCAUUUUUUUCUAUCGUUGUAUAAGAGAAGGCUUUCUAUAGGACACUUAGAUCUAUUUAGUACCCAGUCCGCCUGCCUCUGACGACAGGAGAAUUACCCUCCGUGCUGCUCUCUGUUGUGAGAAAUCAUCAACAUAAAGCCCUGAACAGCAACUGUUGCGUGUUAUUUGUACCAUAGCAACCCCAUAUUUUGUGUUGUCGCUUCUUGGAUAUUUUCCGGACCCAUAGAAAGCUGCACAAUGUACCCGCCAUAUUCCUGUUUUCUGGAACAACACUGUUAUUCUGCUUUGGUUUCACUAAACUUCAGAUGUCGGAAUUAUGUUGAAUUAUGUUUAGGUGUGCUUUCACAACGAAUAGAUAAUGCACUCAGAGCCAGUAGUAAGUGCUGUCCUCCAUGCAGAAGCCACAAUAUACACAGUGCAUUUAAGUCCACGAAUGAAGCGAAAAUAUUUUUGUGGGCUAAAAUUCCCCUGCCUUCAUCUGUAUCUUAAAGAGCGAAUAAUCAAUCUUAACUGGAAUCUUGAUGGACCUUUGUCUUUUCUUAAGAAAACAAUGUGUUAUAUUCCAAACAACUUCCAACCCACAAGCUAUAAAUGAUAGUUCAGUUCUUAAAUACAUGUACUGUUAUAUUUCAGCUCUUUGUGUCAUUUUUGUAAUUGACAAUUCACGCUUUUACAACAAAGAAAACAGCAAAUAUGCAUGUAUAAUCAGCCGACAUUUCCAGUGGUAUAUAAGUGCUGCCUUUAAUCUUUGUCUUUAACACUCCCUAUUGCAUAUAGUUAUCUCUAAGUAUAGUUCUAGUUAAGAAAAUGGCUGCAUCGUUUACUCUCAGCCUAUAAUGCCUGUCCCAUACUUAGAAGAUGCGUUAUUUCAGCCAGCCGAGAAGACCAGCUUUUCUGUAUUAGCUUUAAUACUUAAUAAUAUAGCAAAUUGAGGACAUUGACUGUUUUCUUCAGGGGAAUUUACAAUGCAAGUUCUAAGUUGAGAACAUGCGUUAUUCUCAUCUGAGAUGCUGUAAUUCUUGUCUCAAGACAAAUUUUGAGGGCAAUACUAUUUUUAAAGAAAGCUGUUAUGCCCUUAUUUUCUUGAGAAGUAUCUGUAAAAUUACGUCAAAAUGUGCAACAUUAUAGACCUGGUUGCCAAAAAUUAUUGAUUGAAUAUUUUGUUGACGAAUUGUUUUUGAUAUUUACACGUCUCAGCAACCUAGCCACAUAUAGGUGGCACGUCCCAUUAUUAGCUUUAAGUUAGUCGUUUUAUCAUGUAAAUCAUAUGUUAACGUUUAUAUUAUACCAUGUUAUUCGUGUACAGUCGCCGUAUGUAAACUUUAAGGCCCAUUAGCACCGGUACCAAUAAGUAUAAUACUCUACACCCAAGCUAUUUACUUAUUUAUUAAUACGUAUCACAAUCGUUAAUUACCCAUAUGUAUAUGUGAUUUCCAUCAUGAAUAUGCUAAAGAGUGUUACCUUGACGGCCAUAUAAGUUCUCCUAUGCAAGCGUUGUAUUAUCAUAUUCAAGCAUCGUGCUAUCCCAUGCAACCACUGUGCUGCCCUGUUCAACCAGUAUGUUAUCCUAGGCAAGCAUUGUGUUUCCUAAUGCAAAAAUUGUUUCAUCCUAUACAAGCAUUGUGUUAUCCUAUGCAGACAGUGUACAUUGCUUCCACAACGACAUCAGAGACAAUAUUUGUCAAUUCCCUGGUUUGAGAUGAUUUUUCAUUAAUCUUUACACUUGCAUUAUUGUAUAUAUAGAUACAAAAUACACAUCUAAGAAAUUUGUAAAUACUUGUAAACAUAUGUACUACACUGUAGCUAGUCUAUAUUAAAAUCUAAUGACUUUUGAGUGUACAGAAUGUAUAUACAUGUACAAUGUAUUUUUAUUGUGUGGCAAAAUAUACUUCUUUGCAAAAGUUUGCACGAGUAUGCAAGCGUGUUUCUUUUCUUUUGAACACGUGUAUAUACAGAUAUAUAAAUAUAUAGAAAAUGAGCGAUUGUGUCCACGUGUAUGUUGCCCAAAGUGAAACAUAUCCAGCAGGCAUUUAUUUGUAUACAGUUUUUUAUGACAAUCAGGUGUCAAAGAGUGCGAUAUCUGUUAUUUUGUACAAUUUUACCAGUGUAAUAAACA